AUGUCGCAACCUCGAGAGGAAGAAGAAGUGGGCAAGCUAGCCAUCAGGUUAGCCAACGCCGUGAUUCUUCCGAUGGUCCUCAAAUCAGCCCUCGAGCUCAACCUCAUAGACAUCAUCUCUGCCUCUGCGGACGACGCCUUCCUCUCAACUUCGGAGAUCGCCACCAGGAUUGUCACCAAGAACCCUGACGCGCCCGUCUUGGUCGACCGUGUGCUACGGCUCUUGGCGAGCUACGAUAUACUAAAGUGCUCCGUCAGAACGGGAGAGGACGGAGAAGUUGAGAGAGUCUACGGUGCCGCACCCAUUUGCAAAUUCCUUGUUAAAAAUCAAGAGGGAGGCUCUGUUGCUCCUUUGUUCUUGUUACACCAUGACAAGAUCUUCAAUGAGAGCUGCUGA